AUGGAUAUAGAGCAUGAUGUCCAGCGUGUCGGAUGCUCUCAAGAAAACGCCAUAACCACCUCAACUAGAGAUCAGCACCGAGGUAUUAAAGAUCUAAUCAAGACAUUCAAGCCAACCAUUGACACAAUAAAAGAUGAGAACGGGAACGCAUUGUGCAAUGGAGAAAAUGUCAAAGAAAGGUGGAAGACAUAUUGUGAAGAUCUCUAUAAAGUCAAUGACAAUUUAAAUAACAUUGUGUUGGACCAAAGUCGUCUGAAAGUCAAGCUAGAUGAAGAAAUUGCAGAUGAACAGUGCGGAUUGCGAGCAAACAAAGGCACAAGAGAUCAAAUCCUUAACUUGAAGCUAAUAAUGAAAAAACACAGAGAACGGUAUCACAACCUGUGUUCCAUAGACUACAGGAAGAAAGCAGUUGUAAGAACCACUUAUGGCUUAACAGAUUCCUUCAACAUUGGCCAAGGCGUCUGCCAAGGUUGUAUACUAUCGUCGCAUCUUUUUAAUGUCUACUCCGAGAAAAUAAUGCGAGAUGCUUUAGAUGGAUUUGAAGGAACCAUAAAAGUGGGAGGAAGAAACGUCACAAACCUUCGAUAUGCUGACGAUAUCGUCCUUAUUGCUGGAUCAAUGCUAGAACUAGAAGAUCUCAUCACAAGAGUCAAACUAGCAAGUGAACAGGCUGGACUGAUGCUCAACACACAAAAGACGAAAGUUAUGAAAAUGGCUGGUGAUCCAGAAAACAUCGAAAUGAGAGACCUUACUGUAAACGGUGAAAUAAUUGAAACAGUUGAAGAUUUUAUCUACCUCGAUGCAAAUUUCACAAAUGACUGUAAUGACAGCAAAGAUAUCAGGAGAAGAUUAGCAAUCGCAUGA